ACUGCUUGUUCCUGCUCCUACUGUCUUCUAACACUCGUUACUAUCUCCCCUUUUUUCUUCUUCCUCAAUUCUUUUUCCUUUUUUUGUCAUUUGCUUUGCGCGCAUUCGCUGUUUGCUGCCGCGCGUGCCUUUCGUACUCCUUAUCCACAUCGCACAAGCCGAGACAAUCAGCGACAUUUUGCUCGACUUGACGACCGCUUGCGCCCUCUCCCCUAUCAGAGACACCAGAGACCUCUUUGUAUCUGAGACGGUCGCUGCUUUUCCUCAUUGGAUUUGUCUUUCCUUGUCCCGAACCCUCCCGGGUACUCCUUUGUCUCCUCACCCGCCGUCACUCAUCACCUCAUAUCGACGGCUUGGUUGAACUGACGACAACGUCGACCGUUCAAGAUGCAGCUUCGACGAUUUUUGCUUCUGGGUAUGCUCCUCGGAGCCGAGGCCACUCAACUCGUUGCUCGUCAAAAUACCAACUCCGACUCUGCUGCCGCUCCCUCAACCGAUUCCUCUCCCGCGAGUACUGCUGAAGCCGAUCCCACGAGCGACGACUCUGCUGCCACUACUGCAGCAGAACCUACCACCGCCGCCCAACCUACCGACGAUUCUAGUACCGCUGCUGAGUCUACUACUGAUGGAUCUUCCGAUGGAGGCUCAACCACAGCCGAGGAUGUCACUAUCACCAAGACAGUGACUGUCACUGACUCCGACGCCAAGACUGUGAGCCGUCAGACUACUGUCAUGAAGACCAUUACAUCCACUGUCGUCGUUACGUCGACUGCGUUCGAUACCAAGACUGUUACUAGCAGCGACGCUGAGACCGCAACGACUACGACCUACGUUACCUCAACCAAGUGGGCCAACGAGAAGCGCGCUCUUGACUUGGCUCCCCGAACCAUUGGCGGAGUUGAACUUGUUGCCCCUGCUUUGCCCACCUAUACGACUACUACCAGUGCUCCUCCUCACUUCAACGCUCAAAUCGAAGGUGAACAUUACGGUCUCCGAGCCUUCAGACGAGGUCUUCACAAGCGUGCCACGACCACCACUACCGUCACUGUUACUGAGGGCGGCGACGACUCCGAUACCACUGUCUUCAACACUAUUUCUCGAACCGUUAUAUCCACUGUCAGCAGCCAGACCAAGGUUACCAAGACCAUCACCGAGACCGAGCAGGCAGGUGCUAGUACCACCGUCACUGUCACCAGCACCCUUGUUGUCACCUCUACUAGAGUGACCACUGGUGUUGUCCGCACAGCGACUGUUGCUCCUUCUGGAGAGUAUGGUCCUUCUGGUACUGGUGGUGCCAGCUCUGAUAACAACAACAGCAGCAGCAACAGUAACGACGGAGGUCUCUCCACAGGUGCCAAGGCUGGAAUUGGUGCUGGUGUCGGUGUUGCUGGCCUUGCCAUCCUUGCUGGUCUUCUCUGGUUCUGUCUUCGCAAGCGCCGCAACGCUAAGAACAAGGCUGAGUACGACGAUGUCUUUGGCGCCUCCGAGGUUCCUGUCGGUGGCCGUGGCGGUGGUGGCGGCGGCGCUGCUGCUGCUGUCGGUACCAGCCCCCACAUGUCCCAGACAACCGCCGCCGCCUCUACUCUGGCUCCCAGCCGUAACACUACCAAGUCUGAGGGCUACCGUGGUACUGCUCUUGGUGAUGGACGUGCCGGUUUUGCCAAGCCCCAGCAGUUCGGACGUAGCUACAUGCCCGUUAGCCCCGAGACCAACUACUCUCGCACCGCCGGCAGCGACCAAGCCUACUCAGCUACGACUCCUGAGAACAACUACGCACACCCUGUGGGCGGCUCUCCCAACCACAACGCUGCUGAGAUGUAUAGCCCUGCCAACACAGCUGAGCUGGCUAGUGACAGCGCUGCUACCAAGUGGCAUCAAAACGAUGCUGCUGAGAUCGAUGGCAACCAGGUUUCAAGCGCUCGUGGAACAGCACCCCCUGAGAACGUGUACGAGAUGCCUGCGCAACCCUACAGGUAAACGAUGAAGUUACCGGUUGACCAGUCCAGUGGUCACUGGUAAUGGAAUGGAUGGAUGAGGAAAACUUCAAGAUUCGAUGAGACUCCCCCUUGUAGCUAGAGGGAGGGGAAAUAAUUAAUGUCAGAUACU